GGAGGCGAACGGAGCGAUAGUACAGAUGAUACUAACGCGAUGAUACGUGAGUACUUCGUGCAAAUGGUCGUGGAGAGGCGUGAACGAUUGGAACGUGAACGAGAGGAGGAAAAAAGAAGAGCCGAAGAAGAAGCACGUCGAUUGAAAGAAGCUAAGAGAGCACAGAGGGAGGAGCAGAGGCUGAGGCAUGAGGAAGAGCGUGGCGUUAGACUGAUGCGGAUUUUGCGAAAUGAAUUCCGGAAAGACAAGGAGAGUGAAACAGAGAGAGACGACUACAAAGACAAAAAGCCUGUUAAAUCAAAUAGUCGGGCGGAUGCUCUGAAUGAAGAAAAGGAACGUCUUCAUAGGAACAUUGCGCAGCGAACGAUUGGUUUGGAAGAGAUGGAGGACGAGGAGUUGUUGGCGUUACGAAGAUAUGCGGCGAAAUUGGAUCUGUUGGAGAAAAGGAAGCGGGGUCCAGAUUUACCUGUAGGAAAUAGCCUGCCGAUGGUUACGCCGGAGAAGAAGUUGAGUUCGAGAGUUUCGGAAGAGGCGAAGGGGAGGAUUGAGAUGUUGAAGGGUGAUCAAGCAAAGGAGGUUGGGACGACCAGUACGCCAACCAAGAUCGACCUAUCCCUCAAACACAUCAUGGCAUCAUGCGGUCCAGGAGGAAAAGAGAAGUUCGAGCAGGAGUGUCAUAAUUUUUAUGACGCAUUGACCAUUGUCGAAUUGAAAGAGGCUUGUCGUCGAGAGAAGGUGGCAUACGGAUAUCGAGAGUUGGCUAUCAAGAGAUUGAUCACUCGGAGAUCGAUUGUGGCAUACGAUCCUUCUGCUAUUCCUCUGCCAGUUACUCCGCACGUGACGACACGUUCGGGGAAAGGCAUGGUUAUUAAGGAGGAGACGAAGUCGGAGAUCUUUGAUAGUGACGAUUCCUUUUCCGACGAGGAAUCCGAGUGAGGGCCUUGUCGUUGCGACGACUUCCUUACUAGAGCGGAGCUCUUAAGUG